GCCUGAGUCUGCCGUAGGGCUCCGCCUCGUAGCGGGCGGCGGCGGCGGCGGAGGAGGAGGAGACUGAGGAGCAGGAUGGCGGCCUCGGCCCUGUACGCCUGCACCAAGUGUACCCAGCGUUAUCCAUUCGAGGAGCUCUCCCAGGGGCAGCAACUCUGUAAGGAAUGUCGGAUUGCGCAUCCAAUUGUAAAAUGUACUUACUGCAGAUCAGAAUUUCAACAAGAAAGCAAAACUAACACAAUUUGUAAGAAGUGUGCUCAAAAUGUGAAGCAAUUUGGGACGCCCAAACCUUGUCAGUACUGUAACAUAAUUGCAGCAUUUAUUGGCACCAAGUGUCAACGUUGUACAAAUUCAGAAAAAAAAUAUGGACCACCUCAGACCUGUGAACAGUGCAAACAGCAGUGUGCUUUUGAUCGGAAGGAAGAAGGAAGAAGAAAGGUUGAUGGAAAGUUAUUAUGCUGGCUGUGUACUUUAUCAUACAAGAGAGUUUUACAGAAGACAAAGGAACAAAGGAAGAGCCUGGGAUCAUCACAUUCAAAUUCAUCUUCGUCUCUUACUGAGAAAGACCAGCAUCAUUCAAAACAUCAUCACCAUCACCAUCGUCACAGCAGUAGCCAUCACAAAAUCAGCAAUCUCAGUCCAGAACAAGAGCAGGGACUGUGGAAACAAAGCCAUAAAUCCUCUGCAGCAAUUCAGAAUGAAACUCCAAAGAAAAAGCCCAAAUUGGAAUCUAAGCCAUCUAAUGGAGAUAGUAGCUCCAUAAAUCAGUCAGCAGAUAGUGGGGGAACAGACAAUUUUGUCCUUAUAAGUCAACUGAAAGAAGAAGUGAUGUCACUUAAGCGUCUCUUACAGCAAAGAGACCAGACCAUUUUAGAAAAAGAUAAAAAGUUAACUGAACUGAAGGCAGACUUUCAGUACCAAGAGUCAAAUUUGAGAACAAAGAUGAACAGUAUGGAAAAAGCUCACAAAGAAACUGUGGAACAAUUACAGAUGAAACUGUGGUGACACAAUUAGUAAGUAGUGACACUGAAACCUACAAAUGCUGACUCAGGCUUACUUAUACUUUCUCCUGAUCUUCCCUGGCUCCUACUGCCUCAGGUUACCAGCUUUCAUCUUUUUCCCCCUUUUUAUCAGACCACUUCCCUAUAUUUUUGUGUUAUGGCUAGAGAUAGUCUUAGUUAGGUGCCCUCUUUUUUACUGCAUCCCUUUUAGCAACCAGUGUACCAGUAAGGUUCUCUACUCAGGUCAGUAAACAUGGUUAGCUAUAUUUCUUAUCUUUAUGUGAUAAGAAAUUAAAUUCUGUAAUAGAAAAUUUACCUUGCUAAUAGCUCUGAAAACUUACGUCUUAAUGACGCUUGAGAAAAGAUAAUGUGGCGGUUCAUUUUUUAAUGAUUUGGUAUGUCAAUAUAAACAUUUUUAUGUAACUGUAGCUUACAGAUCUGGUGGAGGUCUCUGAGGCAAAUUUGCAGAAAUACCCUUUUUUUAUGCUUUUCAUUAAGUUGUACUUUAAAAUUUUCUGUUUAUAUUUCCAACUUUAGCCAAUAUUAUAAAUUAAGUAAUAUGUUACAUUGUUUAUAAUAGUGGUACAAAUUAAAUAAUAUUAUACUAAGUAAUAUAUAAUAGCUAACAACAAAAAAAAAUGUAACUACCACAUUGACUAGGACUGGUCAGCUCAGUAGUAAAAUGAUUGAUCAUGAGUGUGCUCACUUGAUUUGUCCCCUGAGUUUCUCAAACUCUUAAGUUUUAAAGGGAAAAAUAUACUUUUAAAUACUUGGUGGUUUUCUACAUUUGAAAUUGAAUUCAAUUUGAAAUUGAAGCUCUUCAUUAACACCAUUUCAUAACCAUUGAAUAAGGAAACGCUGUUAAUCAUGCUUUUGAACAUAAAAAAUGAUUUGAUUUGCAUAUAUAAGAUAGCACUGAGAAUAUUUGCAUUUUUGGAGGUCAUGGGUGUUAACAAUGGAGAGUUAAAUUGGAGACGGGGGAUGGAAGCCCAAAGCCUGAAAAAGGUUUAUAUUUCAUGAAAAUGCUUUAAAAUGGCAUACAGAGGAGGCAGAUGUUAUCUGAUCAUACCAAGGUUAGAAUUAGAGUAGAAGAUGAAGGUGCUGAGAUUAAGAAAGCCUGUCUAGAUAAAAAUGUUGAGAUCUGUUAAGGAAAAUGGUUUUCAAUCAUAAGUCAAAGGAUGUCUUUUAAAGAUUUGUUACCUUUAGGCCAGCACUCAAGUUCCAAACUGUUUUGAAAGCUCUCCCCUUUUUGGGUCCUUAUCUUAGUGCUUGAUCAUUAUCUUAGUUCUCACAGUUAAGAGAGCUUAUAAAGGGAGAAAAGGGCAGUAAAAAUAUGUAAAUAUUCACUGACACCCCUAUUCAAACAUUCCUCUGCCAUUAAAACUAGUGACUCAUAGCACAUUGGCUCAGUGACAGUGUCUUUGUCAGUGAUUGAUGGAAGAUCUGAUAAUAAAGUAUGAAUUUGGUUCAGAUCAUUGGCAAAGUGAAAUUCUGAAUCUUAGCAAAAAUAUAUUUCAAGUUCUCGUGAAAUUGAAAACUGAUGAUGUGUAACUGCCCAGGUAACACACAAAGCUAGGGCCAAGAGAUUAUAUGGCAAAUAAAGGAAAGAAAAUCAGAAAAGGUGGUUCUGAUGGGUACUCCCAAAGAAAAUUUAUAAAAUUAAGUUAAGAGAAUCCCUUUGGCAAAGUGGUAAAGUCUUUGAAUAUUUUGGCAAAAUUGACCUUUAAUGCUUGUUCUAUAAAAAAAGUAAACGUCAAAUGAAAGACCUUAUAUAGUGUGUUGGGAAAUAGUGUGCUCAAUUCAAUAAUUGAUUUAUUCUUUGAUCUUAUGAAUUAUAAAAUAUUACUUAUUUUCAUAGUUUUUUCACUUGAUGUUUUUAAGAAAAAGGGCCAAACAUUUUUCUCCCUAUUUCCUCUGAAAUUUGGUCCCCUUUUAUAGGUGGAUUCACUUUAAGUUGCCUUUUUUGUAACCAGUGGUAUCUUUGGAUAAUAAUUAUAUUAAUACUGACAUUUACUAAGGGAGCUGAUAAACCAAUCUAGAGUUUUCCUUCUGUAUAUCCCACAUUAAAGAUAAAUUUAAAUAUUACCAAUUCUUUCAUUUAAUCUUUUAGUGUUUUAGUGAAAUCCUGUUAUAUAAAUGAAAAGAACAGUAAAAAUUUAGUAUUCUUCAGCAUAACUCUUAAUAUUUCAAAGAUUAUUUUUAAUUUUGAAUGUUUUUGUCUC